GUGGUUAAAUCCCUUCAGGUGGAUUUUGGGUUCCUCAGACAAUUGCUCCAACUGAAGUUUGAGGACCGACUUAAAGAGGAAUCUAGCAAUCUCUUCAUUGUUCUACAUGACAGGAUCCUAGACAUCGAAAAACAUUAUCGACAGAAUGAGGAUAACAUAAGAAAAUGCUUCCAUCAGCAGUUAGCUGAUGCCAUUACUGUUAUUAAAGGAAUGUACCAG